AUGCAGGCUGGCUGGGAGGAACUCAGGCUGGCUAACAGGAACCCAGGGUGGCUGGCAGGAACACUGGCUGGCUGGCUGGCUGGCUGGCAGGAACGCUGGCUGGCAGGAACGCUGGCUGGCACGAACGCUGGAUGGCUGGCUGUCAGGCGCUCUGGCUGGCUGACUGACUGGCAGGCAGGAACGCUGGCUGGCAGGAACGCUGGAUGGCUGGCAGGAACACAGGCUGGCUGGCAGCAGCACAGGCUGUCUGGCUGGAAUAUUGCUGGCUGGCUGGCUGGCUGGCAUGAACGUAGUUUAGCAGAGACGUUGGAUGGCCUGCAGGAACACAGGCUGGUUGGCAUGAACGCAGGCUGGCUAGCAGUAACGCAUGCAGGCUCGUAUGGACACUGGCUGGCUGGCUGGCUGGCAGGAACGCUGUCUGGUAGGAAUGCUGGCUGGCCAUCAGGAACAGAGGAAGGCAGGCAGGAACGCAGGCUGGCUGGCAGGAACUCAGGCUGGCUGGGUGGAUCUCAGGCUGGCUGGCAGGAACGCAGGCUGGCUGGCAGGAACACUGCCUGGCUGGCUCGCUGGCUGGCAGGAACGCUGGCUGGCAAGAAUGCUGGCUGGCAGGCACGAAUGCAGGAUGUCUCGCAGGAACACAGACUGGCUGGCAGGAACACAGGCUGGGUGGCAGGAAUGCAGGCUGACUGGCAGGAUCGCUGGCUGGCUGGCAGCAACACUGGCAAGCUGGAAGGAACACAGUCUGGCUGGCAGGAACACAGGCUGUCAGGUAGGAAUACUUACUGGCUGGCUGACUGGGUGGCAUGGACGCAGGUUGGCAGGGACGCUGGUUGGCUGGCAGGAAUGCUGGCUGGCAGGAACGGUGUGUGCCGGCAGGAACACAGGCUGGAUGGCAGGAACACAGGCUAA